AAUAAAGCACUUCAACCAAUAGAAAAAAACUACAUCUCCAUAUCAUGAACCAGGAAGAGGUUAUUUGACACACGGAACUGGAAUGCCACGUGAUAGUCGAGCCCUGUGUGUUUUAGAUAAUUAUGCAAGAUGUCCUUUAACUCGCUUUAAAUUAACAAUUUGUGGAGAUCUGCUACACGACUAUCUUCUCACGCGGCUGUCACGUCAGCGCGAUUAGUGGCGGUGCGCUCUGCCAGACGAGAGCCCAUAGCAACAAUAUACAGCACGUCUCAACUACUGACUGAAGCUGAAACCAAGAAGUCAGGUUAUCUCACAAUGUUGUCUUACUCCUCCCAAGGAAAGCUGGUGCAGAAUGGGGAGGAGAAGAAGUUAGUGAUCUGUAUAGAGGGGAAUAUUGCUAGUGGGAAGACAACAUGCCUAGAGUAUUUCAGCAAAACCAGUAACAUUGAGGUGCUUACUGAGCCAGUUUCCAAAUGGAGGAAUGUUCGAGGGCACAACCCCCUGGGGUUAAAGUACCAGGACCCUACUCGAUGGGGCAUCACUCUACAGACCUAUGUUCAGCUAACCAUGCUGGACCGACACCUCUCAACAAUAUCAGCCCCAGUGAGAAUGAUGGAAAGGUCCAUCUACAGUGCCAAGUACAUCUUUGUGGAAAAUCUUUACAGAAGUGGGAAGAUGCCCGAGGUGGACUUUGCAGUUCUUAGUGAGUGGUUUGAGUGGAUCACUCAGAACAUUGCCAUUCCUGUGGAUCUUAUCGUUUACCUCCAGUCGUCUCCACAGACCUGCCAUGAGAGGCUGAGAGAGAGAUGCAGGGAGGAGGAGAAUAUCAUUCCUUUGGAAUAUUUAGAGGCAAUCCAUCACCUGUAUGAAGACUGGCUGAUAAAGAAGACGUCCUUCAAUGUUCCUGCUCCAGUCCUUGUAAUUUCAGCGGACGAUGACCUGCAGAAGAUGCUCCACCAGUAUGAAGAGAACAGAGAGAAGAUUUUAGCAGGGAGCAAUGUGUGACUCUAGUAUAUAUGCUGCACCAACAAUGGCAGUAGAUAUGUUUGUUGUCUGUAAGCAGGUUAUUACAGCCCAAGAGAGCAUACCAGAAUGAGCUAGUGGAGUUCCUUUUAUCUUGUCAACCGGUGUACAUUUUCAGACCGCAGGUAUCCAUACUGUAUAUUUACUGCUACAAGUCGCUUUCCAACACAUCUGUUACAUAUGCACUUGCUCAUUUUUGUUUGUUUCACUGACCAUGAUUGAUUCUCUCUAUACGCGAACAUGAUGCCGUGUUGAUUACUUAAUGAUGAUCAUGUGGUGUCAGCCGUGAAAUAAUACCUCAAUUUUACAACUGCUGGGACAUAGCAGUACCACGUCUGUAAUACAAAGCAUAUAUUGUAGGGGGCUGCUGACUAACAUAGCUAUAUGUUUUGUUCUUAUUUCUUUUAUUUGCUGCUAAUAUAUAGAGGAACAUGUUGUCAGGCUGGAAUUGCACUUUGUUGUGAACAGGACCAACAGUAAUCACGUUAAAUAUUGUACUCUUUCGCUGAGUUUGUUUUAAUAAAUUCCUAAAAGUGAUUUUCUAUAAUAACAUAUGUUCAUUUAUGCUAUAUUGCUGAAUAAAGUUAGUGUAACUGUC